AGGUGUUUUGGUCCCAAAAUGACAGCGAGGAAGUCUGGCUCACGUCUGGAGACGGAGAUAGAGCGGUGCCGUUCAGAGUGCCAGUGGGAUAAGAUACCGGAGUUAGUGCGGCAGCUUUCGGCUAAACUAAUAUCAAACGAUGACCUCGGGGAGCUGUUGUUGGGGGAAUGCAAGCUUCAGACGUACCUCAAGGAGAAUCCAAUCAAGCAGGGAUCCAGUCCAAGGGGCCAGCGACCUAAACUGGUGGAGGUCAGGAAACACCUGACUGCUGCUCUGGACAGAGGAAACCUCAAGGCUGACUACAUCCAGGAAGCGAGUCUGCUCAUGGCCAAACUCUCCUAUGUGGAGGGAGAAUACAGAGACGCUUUAGGUCACUACAGUAGGGUGAACAUGGACGACAUGCAGCUGGGCGGAGCUCCUGUGUACAGGCUGUCUAUGAUAGCAGAGGCUUACGCUACUAAAGGUCUAUGUCUAGAGAAAGUCCCGACUGCCUCUCCAUCUCUGUCCAAUAAGAACACUGGCUCUCCUUCGUCCAACAGGAGCACAACGGGUCGAGACCAGGAAAUCAUCACCUGCUAUGAGAAAUCUGGAGACAUCGCUCUGCUGUACCUACAGGAGGCUGAGAAGGCGUUAUCAGCUGGAAUUCAGAACCGCAGCCCAAAGCCCGGCCCAGCGGCCCAGGACCAGGAACUGGGCUAUUUCCUGGAGACGGGCCUACAGAGAGCCCACGUCAUUCACUUCAAGAAUGGCAACCUGACACAUGGUGUGGGCCGAUUUCGAGAGAUUCUUCGGGCUAUUGAGACGAGAACCACCCAGAACCUGCGCAUGACCAUUGCCAGACAGCUUGCAGAGAUCUUGCUCAGAGGAAUGUGCGAACAGAGUUACUGGUCUCCUCUGGAAGACCCGCCCACCGUGUCACCAUUGGAUGAUCACACACGGCAAGGACACACUCACAGCAAGAACUACAGCCUAAGUCGACGCCCACGGAUGUACUCGGGAGAGAAUCUGUUUUGUCCUCAGGAGAACACAGAAGAAGCUUUGCUGCUGCUCCUCAUCAGUGAGUCCAUGGCUAACCGUGACGCUGUCCUCAGCAGGAUCCCUGAACACAAUAACGAUCGUAUCAUCAGCCUGCAGUCUGCCUCUGUGGUGUACGACCUGCUGACUAUAGCUCUGGGCAGGAGAGGGCAGUACGAGAUGCUGUCAGAGUGUUUGGAGAGGGCUAUGAAGUUUGCCUUUGAGGAGUUCCAUCUUUGGUACCAGCUCGCCCUGUCGCUAAUGGCAGCAGGGAAAUCAGCCCGAGCCGUUAAAGUUCUUAAGGAGUGCAUUCGUCUAAAGCCUGAUGACCCCACCAUCCCACUGCUGGCUGUUAAACUGUGUAUCGGACCCCUGCACUGGUUGGAUGAGGGGGAGUGCUUCGCAAAGGUGGUGGUUGACAUGGGGGAGAAAGCUGCUGAGUUCAGAGCCAAAGGCUUCUUGGCUAUUGGACUAGUUUACAGCCUCAAAGCCACUGAUGCAUCAUUGCGAAGCACACAGGAGGACUACCAGAGGAAAGCUUUGGGAGCCUUCCAAAGAGCUCAGAGUCUGUCUCCUACUGACCAUCUAGCAGCCUUCUACUUGGCACUGCAGCUGGCUGUGUCCAGACAGAUUCCCGAGGCACUAGGCUAUGUCCGACAGGCGUUGCAACUUCAAGGGGAUGAUGUUCACUCCCUUCAUCUGCUGGCCCUGCUGCUCUCGGCACAGAAACACUACCACGACGGUCUCAAUAUUAUAGAGAUGGCCUUGUCCGAGUACCCCGAGAACUUCAAUCUGCUGUAUACAAAGGUGAAGUUGGAGACAAUGUGCAGAAGCCCAGAGGAAGCUCUGCUUACCUGUAAACACAUGCUGCAGAUAUGGAAGAGCUUUUACAACCUCACCAACCCCAGCGAUUCGGGGCGUGGCAGCAGUUUGUUGGAUAGAGCCAUAGCAGACAGAAGACAGCUCAAUGCCAUGACUCUGCCUGACUUCAGUGACCCUGAUACUGCCUCAGGUUCUUCCUCUUCUUACUCUGGUUCUGAACCCAUCUCCCCGUCCACCAUAUCCACCUUCUCCUCCCUGUUCUCCUCCCCUUCCUGCCCUUCCUCCCCCUACUCCUCUUCCUCCCCCUACUCCCCAUACUCCCCCUACUCCCCCUACUCCCUUUCCUCCACUCUCUUCGUCUUUCAACCUCCUCCUCUCCCUCCUCCCAAAAACCCUUCCUCCCACCCUCCUUCCCCUCCUACCAUUUCUCCUCCUCCUUCUCCUGCUGCGCCCACCAAGACCAGGACUCACUCCUUUUGCAGCCACUCCACUCUGCGCCAGCUCUCCUCCAAUUGCGGCCUUCAGGACGCCAAUCUUGGUUUUUCCUCCAUGUUUUCUGUUUGUUCAGUGCACGCUACAUCUAUAGCAGCCAGUCGUGUGGAGCAAGCUCUGUCUGAGGUAGCCUCCUCCCUGCAGAGCAGCGCCCCCAAACAUGGACCCAUGCAUCCCUGGAUGACGUUGGCUCAGAUCUGGCUGCACGCAGCUGAGGUGUACAUUGGCAUGUCCAAGCCCGCCGAGGCCUCGGCCUGCACGCAGGAGGCCUCCAACCUCUUCCCCACAUCCCACAAUGUGCUGUACAUGAAGGGCCAGAUAGCCGAGCUGAGGGGCAACAUAGACGAGGCCAAGCGCUGGUACGAGGAAGCCCUGUCCAUCAACCCGACGCACGUCAAGACCAUGCAGAGACUGGGUCUGAUUCUCCACCAGCUGCAGCGCUACAGUCUGUCUGAAAAAGUCCUGAGGGAUGCUGUUCAGGUCAACAGUACGGCUCAUGAUGUGUGGAACAGCCUUGGAGAGGUGUUGCAGGCUCAGGGCAACGCUGCCGCUGCCACAGAGUGUUUCCUCACUGCCUUGGAGCUGGAGGCCAGCAGCCCCAUUCUGCCGUUCACCAUCAUACCCAGAGCACUAUGAGACACACACUCACUCAUUCACACACACACACAAACACACACACACACGCACACAAAUAUAGCCUAAGUACUGUAGCACAGUGGCACGAAUGAUGGACCUGCAAGCUGCACACACCCCAUACACACACACACACACACACAGCAUGUCUGCAUGCCACUUGCACAACGUUUAACUGCCAUACCCUCAGACACACACUCACACACACUAUAUACAAAUACAUAUGAUACAAAUAAACAUUCAUACAUACUUCACCACCCGCCCACCCGCCCAACCUUCCCACAAUUCUUUGCUGUGCCCCCAACCUCAUUAUGAUGCUGCAGCUGAAGUUGAAAUGAUGCACCCUCGGCAUGUCUGUUGCCAUUCUGCUGUGUGUGUGUGUGUGUGUAUGUGCUCGCGUGUGUUGAGCUGCACUUUUCGUGUGCCUGUUUUGUGUCCGUGCAUGUACACCCAUAGCUGUGUAUGUGUGCCAACAUGUGGCCUGUGCAUACUUGUGUCUACUCGUAUGUGAUUUGUAGAAAGAUGUAUGUGUUUUGUCCCAUUUUAAUGAUGUAAAUAAGAUCCAAUUUAAGUUACUGCUCUGGCAAUGGUUUACAUUUUGUUUACAUGUUACUUCCUCCAAAAACUCACUCAAACACACACACAAACACUCACGCAUGCACACACAGUUUAUUUUCACUAAGGGUAAAUCCAACAACAUAAUGAUCAUGGGCAGGUAAACGGUUUUCUUUAGAAGCCAGACAGUACUGAUAAUCUUCAUUCAGUCAAACAAAAACCUCACACACACACACACACACGUUCACUUGUUGCUGUUUAUAUAGAGAGGAUCACAGUUACUGUACGGCUGCCUCAGGACGGCCAGUUCCUAGGAAUUUACUGGAGCACUGACAGACAUGAUCAACAGAUUACUGAAGAAUAAAUCAAUUUGUAAAGUCUAAUGCCAAAACGUGGGCUGCAUUUAUACAGGAGAAAGCUUUUCCUGGAGUUUUAAAUUAAAGGACAUUUUAUCUUCCAUGCAAAGCCUUGACAAGCUCCUUUGUGUUUUAUAUUUCCAUGGCAUUCUAGGAUUAUACAAAGUCUUUCAAUUUCCCCUUAGGAAUCAUUUAAAGUUUAAGGAAUAACUUUCUUUUCUUAUUUGCCAAGAGUGAGAGAGGACAAGCUACAGCCAGCAGCUAGUUAGCUUAGCACCAAGGCGGGAGUAAGGGAAACUAGCCCAAUUCUGUCCAAAGGUUAAAAAAAAAUACACUUAGUAGCUAAGUAAAGUUAAUUUAUACAAAAAAAAAAACCAGACCGGUCAAACAAACACAAUAAAAUGUGUUAGGUAGUGAGCUUUACAGCUGCUAGUAGGGAGCAGCUUUUGUUAUCUUCAGAUCCAUGCUAGCUGUUUCCCCUAGCCUUUAUGCUAGGCUAAGCUAACUAGCUGCUGGCUGUAGCUUCAUAUUUUGCAUACAGACAUAAGAUUUUCUUUUCUCUUGUCAAGAAAGAGAAUAAGCAUAUUUCAUUAAAUGUUGAAUGAUAACUUUAAAACAAAUCCCCUCUCUGAAGCAUGAGCAGCAGUAGCCAAACAAACAAGUGCCACUGACAAAAACUCGGAACAGAAACCCAAUAAUUUUGAGUUUCAUGUAAAAUGAUGGAACUCCUCUGUAUUAUUCAUAUUAAAAACUGUAAUUAUGGACAAGAGUAAAACCAGACUCCCUGUUGUGUGUAAAUGCAACCGCAGUGAUAGUUGUCUUUAUGUCCUGUCACAGUCAUGUUAAAUACUAGAUGAAUAUAGUUAUUUUUUCUUUUUUGAGUAUAUAAAUACAAAAUGAUUUAUUGUUGUAUAUUUGAUUGUUCCAUGUGUAUUAUUAUUAUUGUUAUAAUUUUAGAAAGUAAAUUAUACUUCUAUUUUCUGGAAAGCGAUGUUACAGAGACACUGUAGGAGGAAUGAGAGGUGGAUGUGAGCUCAGCUGGUGAGUCCUUUGUGCUGUAAAUGAAUGCCUGAAAUUAGGAUGAUAAUGAUGAUGAUGAUGAUGAUGAGGAUAAUAAAAGUGGACAAAAUCAA